ACGAAGUUACUUUUUUCUUUUUUCAAUUUUGAAACAUUGUCGAACAUUUUUUUUUUAAAAUUGUAGAUUUAUCAUUCUAAAAGAAUAGAAGAAGAAAAAAAAAUUAAAAAAAAAGCAAGAGAAAGAAGAAGAAAAAGGAAAAAGAAAAAGAGUAUUAACUGAAUAAAAAAAGGAUAUUAAACAUUGUAUUUUGUCAUUUAAAGCCGUUAUUGGAUUCUUUUAAUUUUUAUUAUUAUUUAUUAACUUACUCCAGUUUAUCAACAAAAAAAAAAAUUUUUUUUUCUUUACUACUUCCUUAUAUAAUAAAUACAUAUACACAUUAAUAUACACUCACACAAGUCAAUGUUUAUAAUGAAUACAAUGAAUACAGGCCGACAGCAACAACAACAACAACAACAACAGCAACAGCAAUAUACUGGUGGCAAUCAAAUGGAUUUUGAUCAAGUACGCCGUACUUAUCAUUCAGCUCUAUCUGAACUUACUUUUAAUAGUAAACCUAUUAUUACUAAUUUAACCAUUAUGGCUCAAGAAAACCAAUUUGCUGCAAAUAUCAUUGUUAGAGAAAUUGAAAAUCAAUUAAGAAAUAAUGCUCCCGGACAAAAGCUUCCUGUACUCUAUUUGAUUGAUUCUAUUUGUAAAAAUGUCGGCGGUAUUUAUAUAUCCUAUUUUUCAAGAAAUAUAGUAAACGUAUUUUUGGACGCGUAUACUUUGGUUGAUCCAACAAUUAGAAAAAGUUUUGAAAGAUUACUUCAGACUUGGAAGAAUGGUAUGCCAGGUGGUCAUCCUGUAUUUCCUCGUCAUAUUAUUGAACCUAUUGAAAGAUCUAUUAUGUAUAUACGUGAAAAGACACCUACAUCAAGGUAUCCUCAUCCUCCUACAACCAAUACAACUCAACAACAUGUUAACAAUCCAGUUAUCCAUAUUAAUCCUAAUUUUAUAAACAAGGAUCAACGUCUUAUCAAUGCGAAUCAUCAUCCAAGAGAUCCUCGUAAUAAGAGUCCUCAAAUAACUACAAAAUCAAUAACUCCUUCUACUCCACUAUCAUCAUCCAACUUACUAUCUCAAUUACAGUCAAUGCUUCCUACUCAAAAUACUCCUUCUCCUAUCGUAAACAAUACUCAUAUUCAAAGCCCAACUAUGUCAACUAUAAAUCCUUUAUCACAGAUUAUAAGUCAGAUAAAGGCAAUAUUACCUACUUUACCUCCAGCUCAAGCAAGCUCUAUUGAACAAUAUCUUUCACAAAUUACAGCCGUUUCACCAACUGUUCCAAAUAAUACUACUUUAGUCAAUUCAGGUCUUUCUCCUAAUUUGGCCACAGAUCCUCGCUUAAAUUAUUCUAUAACAACUAAUACAAAUACACCGCCAUUAUUAAAUACCACAUUAAGCCCUAUUCUACCUACAACUGCCUCCACUCCUACUAUUCCUAUUUCAACACCUACAAUGGCUACUCUCAUUUCAACUCCUAUUGAUACCGCAGGCCUUUUGAAAAGUUUAACUUCAAUGGGUUACUUAAACCCUAACCCUACCUCUUCUCAACCUCAACCUACUACUACUACUACUACUACUACUACAACAGACCAAUUAUCACUUGAACAAUUUGGACCCUUUUUAUUAGAUUCCAAGGAUGUCCAGAUAGCUCGACCUGGAGCAAUUGAGCUCUUGUAUGGAGCUGAACCACUUCAAUGUAAACAAUGUGGUUUCAGAUACCCUAAAACUGAAAAGGGACAAGCUAAAAUGGAUGCUCAUCUCGAUUCACAUUUCAGACAGAAUAGGAAGAUGAAAGAGAAAGUGAAACGUGGAUUAUCUCGUUCUUGGUUUGUUACAGUGGAUGAAUGGGUUCAUGGUGAAGGUGGAGAAUUGACAAGCCAACAAGCACCUACCUUUUUACAUGAUAAUGCGAGUGCUGGUCAGAAAUCAGUGGAUAAAUCAAAUCAAUCAAAGGAAGAAUUUAUAGAUCCUAAUAAAUAUACAGUUAUUAUGCCCGAUAGUGACAGUAGAAAGUCAUGUCCUGUUUGUGGUGAGCGUUUUGUUGAUUUUUGGAAUGAUGAUGAAGAGGAAUGGAUGUAUAAGAAUGCUAUUAUGGUAGACGGAAAGAUUUAUCAUGCUACUUGUCAUGCAGAUGCAAUUAAAAGUGGAUCUCUAGUUAAUUUAGAAGACAAUGGUUUAAAACGUAAAUUAAAUGAUGAAAAUGAAGAGGUUACUAAGCAACCUCGUUUGGAAUAAUGUUAAUAUAUUGAAAUAAAUAAAUAAAUAAAAAAAAA